UUCCCUGGUCUGAGCUCCGCCUUCCUUCUAUCAUUCCCACAAGGCAGCAGGAGCAGAGAGCAGCCAUUGCUGUGUCUGGCAGCAGGAUGGACCCAAACAAGAGUCACAAGACUAAGAGGAUAAUCAAAAUCACCCUGAAGAUCAUUUACCUGCUGACUGGGGAGGAUUACACAGUAGUGAAGACAUCCAAUGAGUGUAAGACACCCAGCAGCUGUACCCUUGUGUCAGACGGACUGAGCAGGACUCAGAGCCCCAUCAUGGUGCCUCCUCACUCACUGAUACAUGAGAGACACAAUGACCAGAAGAUCCUGGAACUCACCAACAAGAUCAUUCAGCUGCUGACUGGAGAGGAGGGGGAGUAUAUAGAGGAACACAGGGGUCUGUACAAGGACGUGAUGAUGGAGAAUCACCGUCCCCUCACAUCACUGGAUGGGCCCAGUAACAGAGAUACCCCAGAGAGAUGUCCCCGUCCUCUGUAUUCCCAGGAUUGUACAGAGGAGAAUCACAGGAUCCGAAAGGAGGAUCAGGUAGAAUGUCUGUCAGAUAUAAAGGCAGAAGAUAUAGAGGGAGAAGAAGAGACGUAUGUGACUGAUAUAAAGGCAGAAGAUACAGAGGGAGAAGAAGAGACGUAUGUGAGGGGAGAUCAGCAGUGUAUGGAGGAGGAGAUCCCUACAGAUAUCAGCAUAGCAGAUGGACACACAAGCAGGAACAUCUCAGAAGGACAUCUAAUGUUAUCCCCGGAUUGUGAAAUAAAAGAUAAUGACAGUAGACAGGAUUCUCCAGGAGCUAACCCCAUUACCCCAAUUCUACAUCCAGCUCUAUUAGCUGAUCCCUCUGGUCCUGGGAAAUGUUCUCCUGAUCACUCUGAUAUUGGUGCAUCUGUUACAGCUCUGACAGUAGAUACAGUGUUUCCCUGUUCUAUAGAUGCCAAAAGUUUUACACAGAACACAAAGCGUAUUACCCAUCAGCCAGCUAAGGCAGGUGAGAGGCCAUUUCCAUGUUCUGAGUGUGGGAAAUGUUUUGCACAUAAAUCAGCUCUUGUUAUACAUCAGCGAAGUCACACAGGUGAGAAGCCAUUUCCAUGUUCUGAGUGUGGGAAAUGUUUUACACUGAAAUCAAAUCUUGUUAAACAUCAGCGAUGUCACACAGGUGAGAAACCAUUUCCAUGUUCUGAGUGUGCGAAAUGGUUUACAUUGAAAUCAAAUCUUGUUAAACAUCAGCGAUGUCACACAGGUGAGAAACCAUUUCCAUGUUCUGAGUGUGCGAAAUGUUUUGCACAUAAAUCAGAUCUUGUUAAACAUCAGAGAAGUCACACAGGUGAGAGGCCACUGAUAUGUUCUGAGUGUGGGAAAUGUUUUACAAAGAAAUCAUAUCUUGUUAUACAUCAGAGAAGUCACACAGGUGAGAAGCCGUUUUCCUGUUCUGAGUGUGGGAAAUGUUUUACACAGAAAUCAGCUCUUGUUACACAUCAGAGAAGUCACACAGGUGUGAAGCCGUUUUCCUGUUCUGAGUGUGGGAAAUGUUUUGCAUUGAAAUCAGUUCUUGUUAAACAUCAGAAUAGUCACUCAGGUGAGAAGCCGUUUUCCUGUUAUGAGUGUGGGAAAUGUUUUGCACUCAACUCAAAUCUUGCUACACAUCAGAGAAGUCACACAGGUGAGAAGCCGUUUUCCUGUUCUGAGUGUGGGAAAUGUUUUGCACGCAACUCAAAUCUUGCUACACAUCAGAGAAAUCACACAGGUGAGAAGCCGUUUUCCUGUUCUGAGUGUGGGAAAUGUUUUACAAAGAAAUCAACUCUUGUUAUACAUCAGAGAAGUCACACAGGUGAGAAGCCGUUUUCCUGUUCUGAGUGUGGGAAAUGUUUUACAAAGAAAUCCGCUCUUGUUACACAUCAGAGAAGUCACACAGGUGAGAAGCCGUUUUCCUGUUCUGAGUGUGGGAAAUGUUUUACACAGAAAUCAGUUCUUGUUACACAUCAGAGAAGUCACACAGGUGUGAAGCCGUUUUCCUGUUCUGAGUGUGGGAAAUGUUUUACACAGAAAUCAGCUCUUGUUAAACAUCAGAAUAGUCACUCAGGUGAGAAGCCGUUUUCCUGUUCUGAGUGUGGGAAAUGGUUUACACAGAAAUCAGUUCUUGUUACACAUCAGAGAAGUCACACAGGUGAGAAGCCGUAUUCCUGUUCUGAGUGUGGGAAAUGUUUCACACAGAAAUCACAUCUUGUUACACAUCAGAGAUGUCACACAGGUGAGAAGCCAUUUUCAUGCUGUGAGAGAAAUAAAUCCGCUCUUGUUGAACACAUUAGACAUUAUCCAAGUACGGAACCAUUUAAAUCUUCUGGAGUAUAAUCAUCACUGUCGUCCAAUGUUCCUCAAGGGUGAAUCCUAUCUCCUAUGCUUUAUAAAAUAUACAUGCUAGC